AUGGUCCCCCCUCGUCUGCGCCGUCUGGCCAUCUUCGCCCUGCUCGGAGCGGUGCUGAUGGUGUGGACGCUCUUCCGACGCGAAGAGUGGGAUCACGAAUCACUCGGGGGGCUGGAGAGUCAAUAUCCGCUCCUCUAUCAACAUGUCCACAUGCAGACUGGCGAGGGAGGAGCGUGGUAUAUCCCGGCCAACUGGACCACUCCCACCCACAAGCCGCCGCGCAAUAUUGUCGAAGCGGCCGAGUGGGCGCUGCAGGCUACCAACGCCUCCGACCACUACCUCCCCUUCUCGACCAUCCCCAUGAUCGUGCAUCAGACCUGGAAAACCACGCGCAUCGACACCUGGCCCCAACUGCUCCGCCACAGCGCCGAGCGCUGGCUGCAGGCCGCCACCGAGGGGCCGAUGGCGUAUUUCCUGUGGACGGACGAGGGGAUGGCGCAGUUGGUGCACCGGUUCGAGCCCGGGCUGGCGAUGCAGUUCGCCGGGCUGGCGAGCAACGUCGAGCGGUCGGAUGUCUUUCGGAUUGUGGUCUCCAAGUGGAUUGGCGGGGUGUACGGCGACAUCGACACGGAGCCGCUCCGGCCGCCGACCCAGUGGAUCAGCGCAACGGACCUCCUCCCCUGGACCGACACGCAGACUGGGACCUCCUACCCCGCCACCGCCCCGGUGCAGGCCAUCGUCGGGCUGGAGGCCGACUGCCGCGAGGACACCGAUACCUACUGGCGCAUGGGCUACUCGCAGCCCGUGCAGCUGACGCAAUGGGCCUUUGCCUGGGCCCCCGGCCAUCCCAUCCUGCAGACCUUCCUCGACCGGCUGACGACCACCCUGCAGACCAUCGCCGACCGCUACGGCGGCUCGCUGCAGUCGCGCGCCGCCCGGCAGGAGCUCCUGGCGCUGGAUCCGCUGACGCUGACCGGGCCGGCGGCGUUUACGGAGGCGGUGCGCAGCCGACUGGCGGAGACGACGGGGUUGCGGUGGCAGGCGCUGUCGGGGCUGGAGGAUGGCGGGCGAAGCAAGGUGGUGGACGAUGUCUUGGUUCUCCCGAUCACGGGCUUCAGUCCGGGACGAGGGGCGUAUGGCAACAUGGGCUCGAAGCCGGUCACGGAUGCCUCGGCGCGACUCCGACAUCUGGCGCAGGGCUCGUGGCGGGCGUUCGACUGGACGGUGGAGUAUGGCAAGUUCUGUCGCACGAUGCUGGGCAGGUGUCGCGACUGGUCGAAGGUGCCGGUGCCGAGUGCUGCGAUUGCGUAG